UCCACGCAGACAGUAUUCACGGUCUCUGCUAUGGAAAUGAGUUGAUACUGCGAGUUGUGAAUUCAUGAAUAAUGUGAAUUAGGAUCAAAGCAAAAAUUCAUUCAGGUAUACAUUGAAUACACUUUCUGUUUGAAGGAUGGCAGAUGAGACAAACACGACAGAAGUUCCCAGAGGAUUGAGAGUGGUAGUGAGAUUUUGGGGCGCCGUGUCCGGGCUGUGUUCAGCAGCACUUGGCUUCUUUGUACUUUUUACAUUAUCAGCAACAUGUUUAGGAAUGGGUAUUUAUAUGAUAAUGAUGGGUGCAGUUAUCUUAGCUUUUGAGGCUCCAAUGUGUUGCCAGUAUGUACCAGCUCUAGUAACCAUGAGUAACUGGAUUGAGAGUCACUUUAGAUUCUGGAUGAGAGGAUGCUUGUAUUUUCUGUUGGCUCUCCUUCCAAUUAUUUUUUGCCUAGAAGUCUCCACCUUUGUUGGCUGUGGCUCUGUUAUGAUCACAGCUGCUUUGUAUGGUGUUUUGGCCAUUGGGAAAAAAGGAGCAGAUGCCAGCAAGACUACAAAUUCCGAAGACAUUGAGAUGAAAACUAAUCUUGUUGACAAGAAAGGUGAUCCAAAUUAUGUUGAAGAAGCAGGACCUUGAAUUCAAUCAGAGAUUCAUGACUGUAUUAUUUAAACCAACAGUCUCUAGAUUCACUGUUCUAUUUAAAUUUAAAAUAUUUAAUCAAAACUAUAACAAAAUUCUCCAACAUGACUGGUUAUCACCAGCCUGAUUUGAGUACUAACAAGACAGUGUACAUGUCAUGCUUGUAAUUGUCAUGCUUGUGUGCACACUGCUGUUGCUUUUUUUAUGAAAACAUGAAACAGAUGUCUAGUUUCUUUCUUGGAUUUUGUUAUGGUUUUGAUUAAUUGGUAACAUUAAGACUUCAUGUUGUCCAAUUCUGUCUAUAAUCAUACUCAUGAUUAACAAAUCAGAGGACUGUGACACAGGAAUUUAAUUUUGUUUAUCACUUGUAUGAUUAGGGAAGGAAUUGGACUCCACUCAUUCCUAUUACCAUUAUAGAUUGUGAAUGGGCAGUCUCAACUGAUAUUAACAGUUAGCUUUGUGCCUUCAUUGGUAGCUGAACAUGUACACCUGUACCUGAGAAAGCCUAAGAUAUUAUUUUAGGUAGUGAUAGCUUUGUCCUUGUUUUGUUGGACAAGGCAAUGGCCAGCAUUGUUGGUUGUAUGAUUGUCAGCUCAUAAACGAGCUGGACAUCAACCAAAGCAAUGAAAAAAUUGAUGCAGUUUAUUGGUCAAAACUUCAGUAGUGGGGUAUGGUAUGCUGAUGUUGUGUGCAUGUAGGAUAGACCGUCAAGUUAGGAAAAAAUGCUGAAAAAGUCAAGUACAAGGACAGACUCCUUUCUAAGAAACAAUUUAUCUGUUGAGAUAAAUUUUUGUGUUUUGUUUUUUUUAAUACUUGCAACUCUUUGUUCAAAUUUGGGACUGUAGAUGUCCUAACUCAAUUGAAAGUCUACAUGUAUUUACAAACAGUUUGGUACUGUUAACCCUUCAACUUCCAAGAUCCAAUUAGUAAUUCUUUGUCCUUAGUGCUAUACUUUUUCUUGUAAAUUCAACAGGAGAAUUUGGUCUUGUUCCAAAAUAACACCAUCCAGCUGACAAGCUUGUCUGUUCUCAUCACCUGUUUACAAGAUGGCUUAUAGAAUUUGCAUGUUAAUCGCUUCUUGGAGUUAAGGGGUAAAACAAACAUUUGUGUUUUCAGGAGAAUGUUUAAUGACAAAUUAUAUUUGGUUUAUUCAUUCUUAUCAGAAAACUUGGUCCUUAUUUAUUACAUUUUACCACUAAUGCUCAGUAUUAAACCAGUCUCUCUUGAGAAUGCAUAUUUCUCCCAAUUGAUCCUAAUUUGCACAAAAUCAUUUUUUCACCCUCACAGAAGUGCAUUAAGUUCAGGUGUUUAAGACUUUUAUGAAACUAACCAAUUCUUCAUAAGGAAGAAGCACUUUAUUGGGGAAUCGAGCACCUUCUGACAAAAAUAUGACGGUGUUUUCUUUAGCCUCCUUAGCAAGAGUUUGCCCAAUGAAAUGAUGUGGUGAUCAGGUCCUUUAUUUUCAUAACCCUAAUGUUGGAUUCUCCAGUGAUACUGUAAGAAGUUAUUAGAAGCUGAUAACUCACUCACAUAGGUUGAAAUUAAUCUUGACCAAUUUCUCUGUGUUUAAGUUAAUUUAUUGAAAGAAGGUCUUUUCACAUUUUCUGAAAAAAAAAAUGUCAUAUCAAUGCAAUUAAUAUAUUUCACAUAAAUGGGCUGUAAGUUAAGUGGACACUAAGGUUAUUUAUUAAAUAUAAGUGUUGAUUUAUACACAAUUUAGUCACAAUUAGAAGAUUUAAUAUAAAUUAUUGUUAUAUUGCUUGAUCAAUAUCAGAGUCAUUUUUAGCACAAACGUUUGAAUUGUUUUAAGCGUUGAUGAAAUUGUUUUGUUCUUUCAUUCCUAAAUAAUAAUUGUUGACUGACAGUUUGGUGAUCAAAGGAAAAAUGUUAAACACCUUAUCUAGGGUGUGAUGAAAUUAGCGGUAUUAUAACGAGAGUUCCGAAUGAGGGCGCUUGCUCUUUUCAAUGAAUGACUCUGGUUCUUGACAAGAAUUUCUUCAUCAUAAGGAAAAGAGAAGGAAAUUGGAAUCAUGGCUGAAUUUUGUGACCUCGUUCAAACGCCCAACGUUUGAUAUGUAAUUUUUGAAUAAAAAUGUAACUAUUCUAAGAGUUCUCACGAUUAUUCACCAUACUGGCAUUUGUUCUUUUAAAGAAAUGUUACUUCUUAUUUAUUGACUGUGUUUUUUUCUUGGUGUAUGCGGGUCAAAGUUUUCUCACAUCACUAAGGCCUUGUGAAAUUAUUAUUUUCAGAGUUUAUUUAAGAAUUAAAUCGGGCAUUUUAUUUUUAUCAAUAAACA